AUGAGUAGAUACAGAUCAGAAAUGAGUACACAGGAACGUCUGAGUAGACCAAGGGCAUACAAAUCGCACAAUAACAGUGGCAGGGCAAAUGAACGAUCUGACACGUCAAGGGGAAGUAACAACUCAACUACAAGUGCAUUGUCUUCCACGGGGAAUGGAUCAAUAACAGUUCAAGUUGAUUAUACAAACAACCAUGUUCACACAGGGAAACUACCAGUGGAAUUCAUUGAAAACAUCCAAAAUCCUUUAGAAGGGUAUCCGAAACUUCAAAAGCUUCGUCAACUUAAACGAAAGCAGGUUCUAGAUCAUGCUACUAGACCAUAUGGAUGUCGUGUUGCACCAGAUAGAAUUAUCCCUACAUUAAAUCGAUGGAUCAAUAUCCAUAAACUUCAAUUUGAUGUCAUCAUGAUUGGCGCAUUGGCAGAUAAUCAAUUCAUUUAUCCAAUCCUUAGCCAACUUCCAUUACAUCGACUUUGUGCUAAACCUGGAUUUUUAUUUAUUUGGGCGACUACUCAUAAGAUCCAAGAACUUUCAAAACUUUUGAACUCAGAUUCAUGGGGGAAAAAAUUUAGAAGAUCCGAAGAACUUGUGUUUGUUCCGAUCAAUAAAGAUUCUCCUUAUAACCAAACUACAGAAUUUGAAUUGAAUUCCAAAGUCCCACUAUUUGAACGUCAACAAUGGCAUUGCUGGAUGUGCAUUACUGGAACUGUUCGUAGAUCCUCCGAUAAUCAUCUCAUACAUUGCAAUGUUGAUACAGAUUUACAAAUUGCUUCUCCAGAUGCUACAACUAAUGGAUGUGUACCAGAUAAUUUAUAUAAGGUAGUUGAGAAUUUUUCAAAUUCAAAUAGGAGAUUGCAUAUUAUGCCUUCUUAUAUUGGAUAUAAUUUACCAGUAAGAGUUAGACCGGGUUGGGUUAUAUUAAGUCCAGAUUCAACCCUUGAUAACUUUGAUCCUGCACGAUAUCAAGAAGAAUUAAUCGGGAAGUCCUUAAUCAAAAAUCGAUCAAAUGCAUCUAGUGAAAACCCCCAUUACUUGGUACCUCAAAAUGAAGAGAUUGAGGAAUUAAGACCAAAGAGUCCCAUCAUUACACCCAGAUAA